GACACUCUCUCACAAGUAUCAAAUUGCAACUCGCACCUCGCUAUCGCACCUUCGCUCUUAGACGAGCCAAUACUCGCACCGCAGAUAUCCAACAGCAGUUACCAUGGCGGGAGACGACGACUACGGUGAUUUGUACGACUUUGGCGACGUAGACGGCGGCGGGGACUAUGGUGCAUCCAGUGGUCCUACCCAAGCCGACGUCAAGCCGAAUGUGGGGAGUGCUAUCCAAUCGGUGACAUCGGACAACAACCAGGCCCAAUCCAACAGUCAGUUUGUCAACAACGGACCUUCAUACAAUAGCCGACCGCCGUCUGGGCCGUCGGGAUCCGGAGCUGGAGGACCGGGCGAGGAUGAUGUAGUCUACCUUGCGGAACUCAACUGGUGGACGAACGACGAACACCUCCGUGAAGCCGCCGCUCAGGCCGGUUUUCAAAUCAAGAUCGACGACGUUACUUUUUCCGAACACAAGGUCAAUGGAAAGUCCAAGGGUCUCGCUUGGGUAUAUUGUUACAACCCGCAGAACGCACAGGCGUUCAAGACGUGGUUCGAACACAACUUGUUCCAGGAUAAAACUAUCGCGGUGAAUAUUGGAUCGAGCUCGCAGGGCAACCCGUACAAGAUUCCGCCUAAAGAACCCAACCGAAUAAAGGGUCGGGAAGGUGCGGGUCCUCCUGCGCCUGGCGGUUAUGGAGGUGGUGGUGGCGGUGGGAUGGGAGGCCCCGGUGGAAGAGGUCGAGGCGGUUAUCGAGGUGGUAUGAUGGGCGGCGGUCCGAGUGGGGCCGGCGGGAUGGGCGCAAUGCCUGCUGCAGGAGGCAUGAUGAACCCCAUGAUGCCCAUGAUGAACCCGAUGAUGAACCCGGCCAUGAUGCAACAGAUGAUGCAGAUGAUGCAGGGCGGCAUGGGUGGUGGUGGCGGUGCGGCUGGUGGACAGGGUGGUUUCAACCCUCCCACUGGACCCAGAGCCGGAGCGGACGCUUCCGGCGGUGGUGCUCAGACAGACGAGUUUGGCCGAGCCCUCAAGAGAAGUCGCCAAGACUAGUCACUCUGAAAUAGCUUGUAUUUCGUACCAUAUCAGACGCGCAUGAUCUGCUACCAAACUGCUAAAUAAUGUUCGGGCGUGUUACGAUCUGUAUUCAUAAGACACGCCGAGUCGCUACCCAAAUCACCAGAUCGACGAUUCCGGAUUUAGGAGAGAAAGGGAUUGAUGGCGACGAUGCGAGAAUCUGUAUCGCCAUGGCAAUACAUGAUGUACAUUAGGACACACCCGUCUUUCAUAGGGAUUGUCAGUGUUAUGUUCGAGC